CGGAUUGGCCGGUGUGGAGGACGGAAGCGCCGAGGUCCGGAGCGGCUGGAACCCGGCUUGGCCGUCGCGAUGCGGGGCGCGAGCCGCGGCGGGGCAGCCGGGGCGCUGCUGGGGCUGCUGCUGGGGCUGCUGCUGGCGCUCUCGGUGCGGGGCGGUGGCGCGUCCAAGGCAAGCGCCGGGCUCGUGACCUGCGGGUCAGUGCUGAAGCUGCUCAACACCCAGCACAAAGUGCGGCUGCACUCACACGACAUCAAAUACGGAUCCGGCAGCGGCCAACAGUCGGUCACCGGCGUGGAGGCGUCCGACGAUGCCAAUAGUUACUGGCGCAUUCGCGGCGGCUCCGAGGGCGGGUGCCCGCGCGGACUCCCGGUGCGUUGUGGGCAGGCAGUUCGGCUCACGCACGUGCUCACCGGCAAGAACCUGCACACGCACCACUUCCCGUCGCCGCUCUCCAACAACCAGGAGGUGAGUGCUUUUGGGGAAGACGGUGAGGGUGACGACCUGGACCUGUGGACAGUACGAUGUUCUGGGCAACACUGGGAGCGUGAGGCCAGCGUCCGCUUCCAGCACGUGGGCACCUCUGUGUUCCUGUCGGUCACUGGUGAGCAGUAUGGUAACCCCAUUCGUGGGCAGCAGGAGGUGCACGGCAUGCCCAGCGCCAAUGCUCACAACACGUGGAAGGCCAUGGAAGGCAUCUUCAUCAAGCCUGGAGCAGACCUCUCGACAGGUCAUGAUGAACUCUGAGAGCUGGACGGGGGGAAGGGAGGGGGUGGGCUGGGUAGGGAUUCUGUAGGGCCACACUCUUGUGUGGGACUUCGUUGUAGGCCCCCAAGUGCCUUUACGAUUAAAGAAUGUUGGUUUGUGAUUAUAUUUGCUGUACCCCCGGGAAGAUCCGGAGGUAGCAGCCAGAUCUGUCCGAGUUGCCAUCUCCCCUGUCAGGUACCUGUUUAAACUUUUUUUUUUUUUUUUGGAGACUGUCUCACUAUGUAUCCCUUGCUGGCCUUAAAUUCUCAGAGAUCCCCCUGACUCUGCCUCCUGAGUGCUGGGAUUAAAGGCAUGCGCCACACACCUGGCCCCAAACUGUUUUAUAAAAUCAUUUUUUAUUAUUACU